AAUUAAUAUAAUCUCUCACUUUUUUUUUAGAAUCCUCAAACUUACAACAAAAAAUGAAAGAAGAAGACAAUAAUAUAAUUAAAUAAGUAUUUUGCAUCAAUAAUGGAUUAGGAAGAACAUUAAUUGUAUAUUUAACAUUACAUGAUACCAUUAAACUAUUCCUCUAUUCCUAACUAAAUAGAGCACUACCAAUCCACCCUUUAAUUCUUAACGGAAGAGAAUCACCAUCUGCGCAAAUUACUCAACCUUAAUCAAUAACACUAAAUAAUCUGUUUGACUAAAGAAUAACUAUAGGAGGAAGUCUAUAAAAUGAUCGAUUUCCUCAUGAAACAUCUCAACUAUCUAACCAAAGAAUAGAUCUUCGCUUAUUAAAAAUCCUUUCGUUAUUAUGCUUAAAAAAAAGCACUUAAAUCUAUUUUCUUCUAGAUUUUCACUAGAUACUUACAAGUAUAAAUAUAGCAUCAUUUAUGCAUAGGCUGUGAAGACCCGGGAAGAAAUGAUAAAAUUUAUUAUUCGUAAAAGUAUGAAGUACCAAAGAUAAAGUCAGAGCAAGGAAUAAAUAAAAGAGAAAAAAGAAAUCAGGAAAAUGAAUAUUGCAUUCGUCAAGCAAUUAUUCUAAAAUACUUCCUAUUAACAAAAUUACUCCAAUUUCCUAAGUAUUAAUAUUACAUCCGAUUUAAUUAGAUCAAUAUCUGUAAUUGGCUUUGAAUGAAAAUUAAUAGAAAAUUAAAAAGUAUGUACUAUUUAUAGUUGAUUUGAUAUAAUCUGAUUAAAUUAACGUAAUUAUUAAAAAUUAUUCCCUCAUAGCAAGUGUUGAACUACAAGAGAUUCCCUUGGCUCAAUGAUUGGAUUAAUUAAUCAGUUCAAAUAGCUUAAGAAUUACAAAAUCUUAAGAAUUAAGAACCUAAAAAAGAAAAAUCUGAUUACUACCUUACCAAAUGA